CGGCCACAUAGACGAGCACCACACUCCUUGAGCUCCAGACUCCGAUGAGAGUGCAACUACUGAGCGCACACAAAUGCGGCUCACACUCGAUCCAAACCUUCGGAGCUCUUGACUCGACUUCACCACGAUGGCUUCUUCCUGCCGUCGCCGUUCAGCGUCGAAACAAGUCAACCACACUUCCCUCACCUCUUGCUGCUCAAUCAAAGUCCCUUCUCGACCAGACGACUCCUAAUCCUGUAACCUUAUUCUACGACUCCGACCAAAAGCAUCCCCGAAUAUCCCUGAAACCUUACCCAGCCCACGUGCAACGCAGUAUUCAUCGAGACCUUUCAAGCACACAUCCAGCGCCGCUGAGCACUCCUCCACCUCUCAAACGAACAGACUAUGACGACGGCCAGAUCCCCCUGAGUGAUAAAGUCUAUCGCCUCUUCAAGGUUGGAAAAGCGUAUUUGCAGUUCUACAAGACUGGCUUCAAGAACGUAUGGGGUAACUACAAAGAAUUGAGGACGAUUCGUGCUAGACUGCGCACGGACAAGUUUGAAGACUUGAUCAAGUAUGGCAGAUCGGGUGUUGCUUCAAGAGAAGGACAAGGCUCCGAAUUUCGAAGACAAGGUGUCAAGCAAGAUGGCCAAGCGGCACCUGUACUGACGAGACGAGAGUAUCAACUCGCACUCCGGACACGGCACGACUUGCUCAAACUUGUCCCUUUCUCUUUGAUAUUCGCCAUCUGUGGCGAGUUCACACCUCUCAUCAUCCUGGCCAUUGGCUCUGCGGUGGUUCCAUACCCGUGUCGGAUUCCUCAGCAAGAACGAAAGGACUUUUUGAGACCUUCAAAGACUGAAUCCGCUGUUGAGAAAGCUCUCGCCCGAUUUUCUGACCCGACUCGUCGGUCUGGGGACACCCAACGGGAAUCCGCCCUCGAUCUGAAGUGGGACUGGCGGCACGAGUUCAUCUAUGCUUACCGACUACAUCUGAACCCGUUUCUCACUCCUCUUCCACUCCUCGGCUCACUCUGGCACAACAUGUACGCUCUCCCUCGUCUACGCAAGCACUGCUCUCAUAUCAUCUGUGAUACUGUCCUCAUCCAAAGGGAAGGUGGCUUCGCCAAACUCUCACCCCGAGAGGUCUUUCUAUGGAGUCUCAAUUACGGUCUCCGCAGCUCGACACAGUAUUUAAGUGACCAAGCACGCAAGGGCUUACCGAUCGAUGUGGACUCGCAAGAACUGAAAAAAGCUUUGCUUCCCGUCGUCGAGGCCGAGGCAGAGUACAUCGUCAAUGUGGACUGGUCGCGAGUCAAGCCUGAGGAUCAGUGGCGCGCCGUUUUCCGACCGGUCGGAAGCGUAACACCUGAUGACCUGUACUGUCUGAGCCGGUCUUAGUCCGUUUUCCAACAAAGGGAAACGAGGACCAUACACUGGAAGCUGAUCAUAUGGUCGAAUGUGCCCGCGUAUGCGCAUGCACAUGUUCCUUCGGCGCAAGAACUUGUGACUCGCUGACCAUUUGCACUUUGGAUAGUCCCUACGAUUUUGCAGAUGCGGUGUUCUCAUGUACAUAACUUCCCUGUACCAACAAUGUUUCGGUACCUCUCCAUGCUAUAUGCAUGAUGACGAUAGCGAGCAGCGGAUUUCAGAAUAUGAAGCACCGCCAGAACGAGAAAGGAUAGUUCGUGCCAACAUCAUGCGUUGGUCAAUUGCUGCCCAAAAUGCUUCAGCUGCAUUCAGAUUUCCAA